AUGCGGCGUCAAAUCGGUUUCCUUGUUUAUAUCCGGUGGUUACGCUUUCACCUUCAUCUACUCCGUUUUGUCCGCUGGGUUAGUCUCUCCCUCCAGGGAUUUCUGCCGCAUUCCUCUCCAUCCACACGUUUUACCUCCGGGAUUUUGCCAUCUCCAUCUCCGCCGGGUUUGGGGUAUGAUUCUACACGUUCUCGUAUUUUCUCGAGUAAACUUCGCUAUAGUUGUUUGUCGGACAUCUACACGUCGUCUGUUCCUUGUUUUUCUGCUCGUUGGUUUCUCUGUUUAAGGAGGGAAGAGGCUGCUAAUCGUAAACUCCCUGAAGUCCCCAAAAGGUUGAAAAAGGCCUCCAAAGCCCAACUCCCUAAAGUCCCCAAAUCUUCUACACCUAAGGUCCCUGCUGCUGAAUUGAAGUUGUUUGAGAUUACGUUGAUUCGUGGUGGUAUUUCCCUUUCUUUGUUAAUGGACUAUUGGCCAAAUAUAUUUCUGGACUUAAAUGCUUAUGUGGAGUUCUUAUAUGAGUGGUAUGAACACUGGUGUUUGCAACACAGUAAACAUAGAUGUGAUAUAUGUUUUCGUCCCGAUGAUUAUUUGUUGGGAACAAAAGAGCUGCAUGAUAAGGUUAUAAGGGAUCUUAAUCUUCUUCCUUAUGGUAAACUGAUGUCAUUAAGUUGGUUUAAAUCUUUUUUCAAAAUUGACUUUACCCUCAUGUUGUACCAUUAUCGAGGUUCAAUCAUACUGCGUGUCCGGGAGAUACUUAUCCCGUUUUUGGUAUCGGGAGAACUUAUCAAGAUUGUUGUUUCUGCUGGAGUUCAAUGUAAAGUUGAUGACGAUGGAUGGAAGGUGAAUCGUCGCUACUGGAAUAAGAUGUUGAAUAACGCUGGCUCAACCGAGUCCUUGGUUAUUCUGGACAUGGCUGAUCCUCCGACAUUUCAUCCCAGUGACAGACUGCUUUUGAAGUAG